UGUGGAAUGGCUGGGGCCUGGACAUCCCCAUUUAUACGCUUAACUUCAUCAAGCAAUGUAAUGUUGGUCACUUUCUCACUGGACCGAAGAAAAGAGAGCAGUGUGCUGAAAGCAUAUUUCCAAGCUGUUCCUAAAAUUGUAUGUGGUGGCCAUUACAUCUCUUGGAAUGGGACUGUGACCUCUCCUUAUUAUCCAAGUUACUAUCCUCCCAAUAUUGACUGCCACUGGAUUAUCAGGGCACCACUACCUGGAUACAGACUGUUAUUCAAACUUCUUGUCAUACACGUUCAGGAACAAUCCUUAGGAUCCAAUAAAUGUGAUAAAGAUUGGCUGGAAAUUGAUGGGGUCAGAUACUGUAAACCAGUUUCAGAAGGCAAUAAGAUCAAGGAGUAUGGCUAUUCAGUUGCACUCAGUUUCCAUUCAGAUGAACUGGUCACGCACAGAGGGUUUUAUAUUGAAUUCAGAGCAUUCAGCCACACAGAUCAUGACUGUGAUAAUCAGAAACCUUUUGUUCUUUUAGCUUGUCCUAGGCAAUUUAAAUGUUCUGACAGAACAUGUGUUCCCUUAAACAGCAAGUGUGAUGGGUGGAAAGACUGCACAGAUGGAAGUGAUGAAGUAGACUGUGGUUGUAAUCCAGUGGAGUUUAAUUGUGGCAAUGGAAAGUGUAGGCACCAUUCCAAGAUGUGCAGAGGGGAUGACAGCUGUGACAGUGAUAGCCAAGAGGAGGACAGUUGCUCAUACAAAAGUUGCUCACAGCAUUCGUAUAAAUGCCUAAAUGGGAAGUGUCCGAAAAAGCUAAAUCCAGAAUGUGAUGGAAUAAGAGAUUGUGCAGACGGAUCUGAUGAAAUGAACUGUGCAUGUGGAAGGAAUCAGGUAAAGAAAACCAGAAUUGUUGGUGGUGAAGAUGCCAGGUCUGGAAAGUGGCCUUGGCAAGCAAGCUUGCAGCUUGGAACAUAUGGCCAUAUCUGUGGGGCAUCGAUUAUUUCAAAUAGGUGGCUGGUAUCUGCUGCCCACUGCUUUCUUGACUCUGAGUCUAUAAGGUACUCUAUAGCAUCUGGCUGGACAGCAUAUAUGGGUAUAAGGAUCAUUAACAAAAACAACAAUAAUCAUAUAGCCAUGCGAUCAAUCAAAAGGAUUAUUGUCCAUCCAUAUUACGACCACUAUAUCUCAGACUAUGACAUUGCCCUGUUGGAAAUGGAGGCACCAGUAUUCUUCAAUGAGCUGGUCAGCUUGCAAAAACUCUACAAGAAGCUAAAGUGAAAAUAAUUAAUCAAAGUACUUGCAACAAGCUUUAUGAUGAUCUGAUUACUUCUCGGAUGCUGUGUGCUGGAAAUCUUAAUGGUGGUAUUGACGCAUGUCAGGGUGAUUCCGGAGGACCAUUAGCCUGCUUAGGAAGGGGAAACAGAUGGUACCUUACAGGCAUUGUCAGCUGGGGUGAAGGAUGUGCUCGAAGAAACCGCCCUGGAGUUUACACCAAGAUCACAGCAGUUUAUGACUGGAUUAAUCAGUACACAAACUAACAGAAAGCUUGAGGAGAAAAAGCACACAAAUCUUUACAGGAGCCCUUUAAUUCUAACAAACAAAACAGGUUUUAUAAUAUUAUAAAGAAGAUGUUAAGAAGAAACAAUAUAGGGGUUUUCUGUAUUGAUUUAUAGGCAAACAAA